GGUCAGAGUGGUUGCAUUCAAGUUGCUGAACCUGAAUAUUAUUUUUUGUGAUUAGAUUAAUCAGAUUGUUAUUUUUAAAUUUUCAAGCCAGGAAGAAUUCAAAUGAAAGAUGAUUUUUGGAUAUACGGUUGGGAUCCAUAAGACAAUCUCAUAAAUUUGGAAUGGAUAUAUUGGUGAAUGUACUGGCAGACAAAUCACAUGAUGUGGCAAAGUUUGAGAAGUACAGUUGCAGAGCUUACAGAGAUUCUUUCUGAAUUUUAAGGGUGACGAACUGGUCAUAAAAUGGUUGUAGUUUGAUCAAGUGGUAUCUUCAUUCAUUCGCUUGAAGGACUUUUUAUUUUGGCGUAAUGAAAGGCGAUGCACCUUGUUUAUUAAUUGGCUUUCCCAACUUUUACACUAGUAUGUCUAAAUCUUGAAUAUCUAAGGUUUUAUGAGAAAAAGAGUUUUUCUACUGGAAAGUGUGUCCUUAUUUUCUUCUAUGGAUUUGAAACAAUGGUGAUCCGCAUCAGUUUAAAUUCUGUAUCAGAGAUUCACCUGUUAGCUAAGCCUUGAAUCUUCUUUGCUUCUGAGUCUUACGCAACUAUGGCGGAAAAGAAAAUUCUCUUCUGCCACCUUUACAACAUAGGGCCCUUCCUUUUAGAGAGUGUUUUCUGGCUGGCCAGUCUGCUUUCGAACUAGAGAUGUAUUCGAUUUUAAUUGUAAUUUGAUUGAGGUCGCAUCUACAAUGGUACGGAAGUCUGCAAUCAAAUUUAGUUUCAUAAUACACAAUGCUGCAUUUUGUCUGAGGUAGUAACUGCGUUUGGGUGGGAAUGAUAUCUGCUAGUGCAGCUCGUGGUGUCCAAGGUUCCUGCUUUUGACCCUUGUUCUUUGAGGUUCUGUUGGAUCAGUUUGAACUUCCGUAUAUGUUUGCUGUUCCAUAAAAUCAGUGUCUCUGUUUUUAGUGGGUAACUUCAUCGCUGCUCUUUGAGCAUGGCUUGAAUUGGGUGGAUGGAUCAUACCUUUGUCUUUACUGUCUAAGCCAGUUUAAGUUUUAUGGUUCUCUUGAAGAGUCCUUGAACUGUAAAUCUCAGUUUUUGCGAUCUCGUUUACGUUUUUGUACUUGGGAAACUUCAGAUUAUCCUUUCAGUUGACUUAACAUAUACAUUUUUUUUCAUGUUUACUCAUAUUGGAUGGAUUGCUCAGAUGCCUGAAUCUGUAUUGUCAUCUAGAAUAAAUAUCGAUUCUUCAUAACUUGGUAGUAAUGACUGGAUUACUGACUCCAUUAUCUGAACAAGCCCGCUAGUUCUUGUUUGAAGACCAGAACAUUAACAAAAACAAGAGUUUGCGAAGUGCAUUUUUUUUGGCUGCCUGAGCUGCUGAAUCUGUUCAAAUCUGGACUCUGGGUACUCACAGCUGGUAUAUUCACAGAUUGUUUCAUCUAUUUACUCCAUUCUUUGACAAUAUUCUACCCAAGGGCACAGAGAUCGAGUACGUAUCAGCCGUUGGUAUGCCGAUUGAAAGUUUUUCGUAUUAGUGGUAGCUUGGAUGCCUAGGCUCUGUUUUAUAGGUUUAGAUUUGUUCCACCAUUUUGUCAGUUGGAAGAGGUUCUUAGUAACCGUCAUCUUUUGACAGUGUAUCUGCCUGAUUCUUGCAAUCAUUUUGCUUUUCUGGUUGAUCUGAUGAAGGCAGCACAUUAUGAAUAAGUUUGGACAUAGUCUCCAAAAUGAAGACAAUGUCUGAUUGCUUAUAUUCUGAUUGUAUAUAUUGUUUAUGCUGGAUUUUGGAAAGAUUCAUAGUUGCAAGAAAUGUCUUGUUAUGAAGAUUAUUGCUGCCUGAUGUCCACCAUAUGUUUGGAUCUGGGAGAGAUUGAUUUUGACUGAUAGAUGAGGGCCUGCAAUGCUUUCAUCUUUAGAUAUUUGUUGUUGAAAUUAAUGACGUCUUGAUUGGAAGAUAAUCAUAUCUGUUAGUAUGCUGUCACCAUUGGCCAGAUUUAGUGGGAUUUAGAGUGAUUACAUGCAUUUUUUGACUGUUUGCUGGGUUAAGAGGGAUACCAGUUUGUACUGCAACUAGUAUCUGAGACUGGGCAAUUUGAGGUCAGUAUCACAUAUAUCGUCAGAUGACAGACACUACCAUCUGGCAGAUUCCUCUGGUUUUUUUAAGAAUUCUUUGCAAUCUGAAACACAUUGCAUUGCCUUGUCCAUAAUGGCAAUGAGAAAAUCAUGAUGGAAAGAGAUACAGGCCGUCCACGUGGAUUUGGGUUCAUUACAUAUGCAGAUCGUCGGGGAAUGGAAGAUGCAAUCCGGGAGAUGCAUGGACGGGAGUUUGGGGAUCGGGUAAUCUCAGUGAACAAGGCCCAACCAAAAAUGGGAGGAGAAGAUGUAGACCAUGGUUAUAGGGGAGGAGGCUAUUCAUCUGGUGGAAGGGGAAGCUAUGGAGGAGGAGAUAGGUCUGCUGGGCAAGAUGACUGUUUCAAGUGUGGGCGCCCAGGGCAUUGGGCCCGGGACUGCCCUUUAGCGGCUGGUGACCGUGGUGGGGGUGGAGGCUCAUUUUCUUCACGUUCUAGGUUUGGAGGGGGUGGUGGCCGUGGGGAUCGCUACAUAGAUGAUCGUUACGAUGGAGGUCGCUAUGGAGAUAGAGAUCGUUUUGACAGCAGAGAGGACAAAUAUGGGAGCCGUGAUCAUCGCCAUGUUGGUGACAGGUACCCUGUUGGUGGGGAUCGUUUUGGAAGCGAUAGGUAUGGAGGCUCAGAUCGUUACCCUCAGAAUGGUUAUGGCAAAGACAAAGGGUAUGAUAGAGAUGGUGGCUCACGUGGGGGCAGUGAUAGGUAUGGAAGUGGAGGAGGACCAGCUCGGAAUGAGGGAAGAAGUUACAGGAACAGGCCGGCUCCUUAUGAGCGCCCCGACAGGGCUGCGCGCCCAUCGUCCUUUGACCGCUACUAGAUGUUCCUAACUUGUGUUCUUUUGACACUUUUAGGUGUAUACUGUGUGUUAGGUACCUGGUUUUUUUUGGCUAUCUUAUAAUUAAUGUAGGAUGUUGCAAUUGGGAUAAACAACAGGUUUGAUGGAUGCACUUUGAUCUUUGCUUUUCUGUUAAAUCUUCCUAUUCUUUGUAUAAAACCAAAUGAAUGCGUAUCUGAUAUCUGCCAUUCUCCA